CCUAUUUCACUACAUAGUUCAGAUUUGAAUUUAUAUAAACCUAUUUCACUACAUAGUUCAGAUUUGAAUUUAUAUAACACUAUUUCACUACAUAGUUCAGAUUUGAAUUUAUAUAAACCUAUUUCACUACAUAGUUCAGAUUUGAAUUUAUAUAAAACUAUUUCACUACAUAGUUCAGGUUUGAAUUUAUAUAAAACUAUUUCACUACAUAGUUCAGGUUUGAAUUUAUAUAAAACUAUUUCACUACAUAGUUCAGGUUUGAAUUUAUAUAAAACUAUUUCACUGCAUAGUUCAGGUUUGAAUUUAUAA